AUGGAGGUCACAACCUUGGUUUCCUCAAUUAUUGGAAAUGUCGAUAGAUUUCCCACAAUUGUUGCCGGACAUUCCAUACCUCUUAACCAACCCAGAGGGAAUGAGUCACGAACUGGUCAACCAAGGCCUACUACAACUGAUGGCAUGGCUCAUUUCAGGAGAUCAUGGAAUCUCGAGGAGGUUUCGCAGACGACACUCAGUCUCUUGGCAGAGUCAUGGGCACCAGGUACCAGACGUGCCUACGAAUCGGCUUGGAGAAAAUGGUCUGAUUGGUGCAUGGGACAGUCAAUGGAUCCCAUAUCAGCUUCUACAGAAGCAGUCCUACAAUUUCUGACUCUACUCUUUGAGACAGGGAAAGCCUUUCGUACUAUAAAUCUGUACAGGUCAGCUAUAUCGGCGAGACAUAUGGGGUUGGAUGGCACCCCAAUAGGUAAGCAUGCCCUUAUCUGUCGUUUACUCAAAGGCAUCCGUCUUACUCGACCUCCUCAAACUCGAUAUUCUUCCUUUUGGGAUGUCAAUGUGAUGUUGCGAUUGAUCGAAUCGUGGCCAAUGAACCAGGAACUUUCACUGAAACAAUUGUCGGGCAAACUGUUGAUGCUGUUUUGUUUACUUUCUUGUAAACGAGUCGCUGAUGUCAGGGCGCUAGACUGGCAUGCACGUGUCUUUACCCCAAAAGGAGUAUCCUUCAAUAUUUCACGUAGAAUGAAAUCCUCGACUAAGGAAGUUUUCUACCCAUCAUUGCCAGACAACCCAAAUUUGUGCCCGGUGUUAUGUCUAAAGGAAUAUGAGCAUCGCACGGCCUCACUCCGUCCAGGACAGAUCCAUCCACUGUUCAUCUCAUUCAAACGACCUCACCUACCAGUAUCUACUGCUACUUUAGCUCGUUGGAUCAAGUGGUUGCUGUCUAUGGCAGGCAUAGACACCUCGAUUUUUUCCGCACAUUCCGUUCGCGGAGCCAUGGCCUCUAAAGCGUCCAUGUUGGGUUGUAAAUUGGAAGAUAUACUACGGGCAGCCGACUGGUCGAAUGAGUCUACAUUUCGUAAUUUCUAUUUACGCCCAGUGCAGAACAUUUCGAAUACAGUGGUUGCUCAGCUUUGA